AUGGCAACGCAAGUGCAGACUGCGACUGAACAACUUCGGAAACUGCAAUUACGUGCAGAAACCUCGAUCGACUACGAGAAGGAGAAGUACAAAUAUGAAAGCUACCUCCCCCAUUUUACACCCGGCACUCAACCGCCUCUUGAGGAGUUUGAACACGUUGAUGUCGGGCUGAGAGCAGAUCCUGAGAAGAAGAGCCUUCUCUCGGCCCACGGCGUAACACAUGAAGAGAUUACCCCGGCAAUUGGGACCGAGAUUCAUGGGAUUCAGCUCAGUCAAUUGAACCCCGCCCAACUAGAUGAACUCGCCCUCCUCGCCGCCGAGCGGGGUGUCGUUCUCUUCCGGGACCAAGACUUUGCCGACAUUGGACCCGAUAGGCAGAGACAGUACGGACAGCACUUUGGCCCUCUUCAUGUUCACCAGAUGGGUGGUCAAAUCAAGGAUUACCCCGAGCUUCUCCCCGUGUACCGGGACUUUACUGCAGGUGCAGUAGACAACGAGAUUAAAGACAAUGUUACAAGUGUAAAGUGGCACAGUGACAUGAGCUAUGAGAUCAACGGCAUGGGCACAACAACGUUCCUUCCGCUGAGCACCCCGCGAUCUGGAGGUGACACUCUGUACCUCUCGACCACAGCAGCCUACUACGCGUUGUCAGACACCUAUCGCACACUGCUGCACGGCUUGAAAGCCGUUCACUCCGGUUUCUCGCAAGCGUCCGUGCAUGAUCAUCGAGACCGCUACAUCAGAGAGCCAAUCGAGACAGUCCACCCCGUUGUGCGAACACAUCCCGUCACAAAACAGCUUUCUCUAUAUGUCAACAGAUUGUACACCAAGAGGAUUGUUGGGAUGAAGCAAGAAGAGAGCACUUCCUUGCUGAACUUCUUGUUUGAUCACAUUGAGAGAGGGCAGGACUGGCACUUGAGGGUGCACUGGAAGCCCGGAACGGUCGUGGUUUACGACAACAGAAACACCCAGCACUCUGCACUCAGAGACUUCCGGGUGGAGGAGGGCACGACGAAGCGGCAUAUGCUGAGAAUCACACCUCAGGCUGAGCGACCGUACUUUGCAGAGCCUUAG